UAUGUAUGCACAAUACAUGCAUACCGUGCGGUUCGUGAUGGUUGCAAUGCAUGAAUUACGUAUUUUUUCAAAUUUUAGAUAAUUCGGAUCGUUGAUGUGUUCAUGAAAAGAAUCGGCCAACAAUCGCAGUUUGGUAAAUCCGUCUUUCUGCCGUGAUAUUGUAUGCAAUAUUAUUUUAUUAUUGGUCCAGUGGAUCAACAAUACGGUCGCUCUACGCUGUCUGCUGUUGAGUGACGUUUGACGAUUCUGCCAGAUCCCGUGAUAUGCACGGUGUAAAAGUUGAGAAAACGUAGAUAUCUGCUGUAGGGUAAUUGAGUGAGAAAAAAUAUGAUUUUGUAACGAUCUUGGAGCGGAACGCGUUUGGUUGGCGGAAAUUCAUUUCGUUGGAUGCAGCGACAAGGUGCCAAGGGGGUGGAUUUGACUCUGGCGUAGAGCAGCGAUUUCCGGGAGUGGCCAGUGGCUCGGCAAGGUACACAUGUGGAUCGCUGUUCGGCCAGUCCUUGUGAAAAUAUUUAUUGUAUACCGUGUUCCACAUUUUCUGUGUGAAACGGGUUAGACCUAACGCGAGCCAUGGCUGAUCUAGACGAUUUUUUCGCUAAGAAGGACAGGAAAAAGGCGAAGGGGAAAAAGUUCACGACGACAGAAGAGAUCGCUAAAAAGCUGGAGGAAACGGGUAAAAAGGUUGAGAAACCGAAACCAAAGGAGAAACCGACUAACCAAGAGGGCGAGGAGAUACAGCCUGUCGAGGAAGAAGAUGAGUGGAGGGAUUUCGAGGAGGAGAAAAAGGAUUACACAGGAUUGAAAAUUGGAAACUUAACAGUCAACGAGGCCCAAGAAGCAGAAACUGAUGAUGAACGAGGCGAAGGUGAAAACAAUUCUGAUGGAGAAUCUGGGGAAGCUGGACCACGACAUAGCGGACCUUGGAAACGACCUGAACAGCCGCCUCCGCAACCUGAACCCGAACCUGCACCUGUAGUUCCUCAGCCAGCUGUUGGAGGAAGUAGUUACAAAGCACCUCAUCUGAGAAAUGCACAGUCCAUGUCUGCCAGCCCUAGGCAAAGGAUGAGAAAUACUGCCCCGGAUAUUCACAGCGAAGAAUAUUUUCCAACGUUGAGCGCCGCUCAGCAACAGAAUAGCGAACCCACCGGUCCUUGGGGCAGACGGCGGCGGGAUGAAGGAUCUUUUGAAGAAGUUCGUAAUCGAGGUGGAACUAGAUCAUACAGCGUUCAAGAAACACAGGCUCAAGCACCGAAACUCUCGUUGGGUAACAAGUAUGGGGCACUGUCUCAAGAUCAGAGCUGAAAGCGCCGUAUCUUAUUCAGUCAAACGAAACGCAAUCAAUAUGUCAUUGCUUCGCUCUGUUUCAAGAUUUAGCUCUGCUCUUAAAUUAAUCUUGAAAAUUCCGGGUACUCAUUUUUUUCAUACGUAAAUUGAACUGUAAACAUCGUAUGUUAUUUUCAAAUUCGAUUUACCUCUUAGUUGUUGGAGAUAUUAAAAAUGUUUUCAUUAUGAAAUUGGCUGCAAAACAAAGCGCUUCUGUUGUUUUGUUAUUUGGCAAGAAAUGCUUGUAAUAUGUAAAACAAGCCGCGAUAUCGAUUGUAAAGUUUAUAGUUAUAUCAAAUUAAAAGAACCUUAAUCUGUAUACACACAUACAGUCAAUUCAAACCAUAAAGUGAUACCAAUAUAUUUAUUCACCAUGAAAAUAGAAUGUGCACACGAUACAGCGUUAAGAAACGUAGAUAAAGAUACUUUAAGUUUUGUAGGAAAUCACUGGAUUCGAUGUUUUGAUCCCUGAUAAUAGAAACUAUGCGGUUCUAAAAAAUGUAUUUACACCACGAAAUCUUGUGUUGUACACUCUUCUAGCUCUCUCACUCCUUUUGCCCUUACCUUGCUGCGUCCCUAUUUGUACAUCCCUCUCAUUCUCCCACAUUUUUCUGUCUAUGUAUCUCACUGAAAUUACCAGCCAAUUCGGAUGUGCCGUCUAUAGGUUUGAAUAAAAUUUCGGGAAGGAAUAUA